AUGACUGCAAAUGAUUGGAAAUGGCUGAACAAAAAUGUUGCUGAACACUUGGCUGCCAAGUCUUCCACAGGGGUGGAGAAUAGUCCUUUAGAAGGGCUAAAAGUCAAAUAUGUGGAUGAAGAAAUUGCCUGGCUAACAGACGAUGAAGAUAUCAGUCUGGGUGAGAGAGAAAGCAGAAAAUCCGACGCAGAAAUUGACAACUCACUUCCUAAUCGUUCCCCUCAUGAAAUCGAUGCUGAAAGCGACUAUGAAUCGAUGCCAGACCUUGAGGAUGUCUCAGAGUCCUCAGAUGAUGAAUAUAUCGACAACAGUGACUGUGAUUCGAUGGCAGACUUGGAGAGUGUAUUCAGCUCAGAAAGCGACUUGGAAUUUGAUGAAUAUACAUCCUGGAUAUCGGAUGUCGACGAAAUAUUCAGUGACAUCGAUAAGGAUGAUAUUCCCGACCUAGAAAGCAUCUCAGACUUGUCAAAAGCUUCAGAAGAUGAUGGGGACUCCCUGGAUUCAUUCCAAAUAAAUGGAUACUUCAGUGACAUCGAAGAUUGCUUCAAAGCUAUUCCAGAUGUACGGAUCGACUGA